AAAAGGGACGAUGGCGCAAGUUUAAAGUGCCCGCCUCCUUCUGAGUUUAAGGGCUACUACCAGACUUGGGCGACCCGGAUCGACAGCGAGCACGGGCCCGUCCUUUCCCAAAUCCUCGCACAGGCAGAAAGGGUGGGAUCUGGAGACUGGAGAGCAGCAUGCUGCUGGCUGGGUCGACUGGAGCUCCGGGAGUUUAAAUACCCUGGUCCGGGGAGUUCUUCAGCUGUCGAUGCCAAAGUUCGAAUGAGACCAGUUCAGCUUCCGCUGCUGCUGGAUGCGCUGUUCGGGACCUGUUUCGGAGCAGGUAUGUAA